AUGGGCAACACGUCGCGCAAGACGGGCCAGCUGCCGGACGAGGUGUCGGGCUUGACGGAUAACCAGAAGAACCUCAUCAGGAGCACGUGGCGCACCUUCUGCAACAACAACCGCGAGUACGGCGUGCUCUUGUUCCUCUCCCUGUUCGUCAAGCACCCGCAGUACCUGCCAAUGUUCCGCAACUUCCGUUCCAAGCACGUGGCGACGCUCAAGGACGACCCGGCGUUCAGGGCGCACGGCUGCGCCGUCGGCUACCACCUGACCUCCAUGGUGGAGAACCUCGCCGACCCGGCCACCUUCGAGGUGCUGGUGCGCCGCAACGCGACCGACCACCUGCGCCGCAAGGGGGUCAGGCCGCACCACUUCGAGGUGAUGGGCCAGUGCGUGGUCGACGUUCUCCAGGCCAAGGAAGAGCGCAUGAUGACGCCCGAAGCCGUCGAGGCCUGGACGAAGUUCUUGUCGUCACUAGUGUAA